CCGGUAUCACAUGAACGAGCAGGGACCAAUCGGCUGUGCGCUGCCGGAGAGUGCUGGCUCCUUUACACCAAGAUAGGGGAGAAAAGACUGAAUAAAAGGAAACCGUGCCAGUGAGCUUGUAAUGACCACAAAAGCCCACGGAGGAGCCUAGAGCCGCCGCCAUUGGAUAUUUCGGUGUUUUAUCCUGACUUUCGUGCGCUCCUGGCUGUGGAUUAGUGCGUUUGGCACCGGGGCGGACGGAAUGGAUAAGGCCAUGGCCCUAACAUAUUGAAUAGCUCGUUGGUGGUGGGGGGGGCGGCGAGACGCGCACCGUGGAGACAAUUCAUGGGGCAUUGUGAGAGGAGGAAAAUGGUGGAUUAUUUGCACUGUAUAUAAAACCUUUUCCCUGCGUGGAUAUCCUGCCAUAAGACACUGUUUGGCGGCCUGUCUCGGCUGUGUCUCCACUAACUGAGGUCGUGUUCCAGCGGUAGGUAGAUAGGUACCCCCACCCCCCCUACAGCCCGAUCCGACGACCUUAUCAUUUCUGUUUGAUAUAUAUAUAUAUUUAUAUAUAUGUGUGUGUGCGUAUUUAUGUGUAGAUUCUGGUGAGGCGUUCAGGCUCCCCUCCCCGAAGGUAACAUUUGGAAACAAUAAACUGUUGGAUUACUUGAACUAUGGAUUUCAACAGCGGCAGUGGCGGCGGCGGCGGUGGGGGCAACGAGCUCCACAACAACCAGUUCUAUCAAUGCGAGGAGAACAAGCCUCUGCUGGGGGAGAUGUCGGAAGGGAAUAAUAACACCAAGCUGGGCGCAGGGCCGUGCAAGAGGAGCCUGCACCACUGCAGCAGCAGCGGGAUGCGAUACAAGCUGCUGCACGAGGGGGACAUCCAGGUGUGCGUGGUCAAACACCCCCGCACCUUCCUCAGUAAGAUCCUCACCUCCAAGUUCCUGCGGAGAUGGGAGCCGCACCACCUGACGCUCACGGACAGCAGCCUGACCUCAGCCACGCCCACCGGUUACAUGGAGACGUCAUUGUCCUACAGCUCUAUAGAAGACCUGCAGCUCCUGUCGUGGGACAACGCUCCCAAGUACUGCGUCCAGCUCAGUUUCCCAGGUGGCACCGUCCUGCUGCAGGCUGCAAACAGCUACUUACGGGACCAGUGGUUUCACUCUUUGCAGUGGAAGAAAAAGAUCUACAAGUACCGUAAAGUCCUGAACAACCCGAGUCGCUGGGACGUGGUGCUGAAGGAGAUCCGAGCGCUGGUUGACAUGGCUUUGACUUCGCCGCUGCAGGAUGAGUCCAUCCACCAGGCUCCGCUGCACAUCAUCUCCACCCUGCUGGCUGAGAAUUCUAACCUCAGCCCUCAGGAUCAUGAGAACAUCAUAGUUGCCAUUGCUCCUCUUCUGGAAAACAACCACCCACCACCUGACCUGUGUGAGUUCUUCUGUAAGCAUUGUAGGGAGAGACCACGAUCGAUGGUUGUGAUUGAAGUGUUCACUCCUGUGGUCCAGAGAAUCCUCAAACAUAACAUGGACUUUGGGAAGUGCCCUCGACUGCGCCUUUUCACUCAGGAGUACAUUCUGGCUCUGAACGAGUUGAACGCUGGGAUGGAGGUCGUCAAGAAGUUCGUCCACAGCAUGCACGGGCCGACGGGCCAAUGCCCUCACCCGCGUGUCCUGCCAAACCUGGUGGCGGUGUGCCUCGCUGCCAUUUACUCCUGUUAUGAGGAGUUCAUUAACAGUCGGGAUAACUCCCCCAGCCUCAAAGAGAUCAGGAACGGCUGCCAGCAACAGAACGACCGCAAACCCCCCAUGCCUCUCCGCCUUCUGCGCCCUGAGCCUCCCACGCCGCCGCCCACCACCCUGCUGCCCCUCUCCACCAACCCCGCCCCCCCUCAGCCUCCUCCCAACACCUCCCCGAACCCGCCUCCGUCCAUCCCCAUCACCUCCCCGACGCCCACCCUGCCCCUGUCCCCACCCCCCUCCGUCGUCAACUCCAGCGAGAUCCUGGUGGAGCUGGAGCGCAACAACAACUCUGCCAACACCAAGCGGAAGGCGGGGCCAUCGGGCGGCGACAGCGAACCCAACCUGAUCGACUGUCUGCUGGUCAGUCCUGCCGUCAACACGCUGUCCAUCCAACUGCCAGCGCAGGCCGACCGGGUGCUGGGCUGCUUUGCUCUCAUCCUCAAAAUGCUGUCGGACUACGAUGACUGGAGACCUGCCCUGGCCAGCCUCCUGCAGCCCAUCCCCUUCCCAAAAGAGGCCCUUGCACAUGCCAAAUUCACAAAGGAGCUCAAGUAUGUCAUUCAGAGGUUUGCUGAGGACCCGAGGCAGGAGGUGCAUUCCUGCCUCCUCAGUGUGCGUUCAGGUAAAGACGGCUGGUUCCAGCUCUAUAGUCCUGGAGGUGUGGCCUGUGACGACGACGGGGAGCUAUUCGCCAGUAUGGUGCAUAUACUCAUGGGCUCCUGCUACAAAACCAAGAAGUUCCUCCUUUCUCUGGCUGAAAAUAAGCUGGGGCCCUGCAUGUUGCUGGCCCUACGUGGAAAUCAGACCAUGGUGGAGAUUUUGUGCCUGAUGCUGGAGUACAACAUCAUCGAGAACAAGGACACGCAGCUACAGAUCAUUUCUACCCUGGAGAGCACCCAAGUGGGCCUUCGCAUGUACGAGCAGCUCUGCGAUCGACAGAGAGAGCUCAAAGAACUGCAAAGGAAAGGAGGCCCCACCCGGCUGACUCUGCCCUCCAAGUCCACGGACGCCGACCUGGCCCGUCUGUUGAGUUCGGGUUCUUUUGGGAACUUGGAGAACCUGAGCCUGGCCUUCACCAACGUCACCAGUGCCUGUGCCGAGCAACUCAUCAAGCUGCCGUCAUUGAAACAGCUCAACCUCUGGUCCACACAGUUCGGGGAUGCUGGGCUGCGGUUGUUGUCGGAGCAUCUAGCCUGUCUUCAGGUGUUAAACCUGUGUGAGACUCCAGUCACUGACGCUGGUCUCCUGGCUCUCAGCUCCAUGAAGAGUCUGUGCAGUCUGAACAUGAACAGCACCAAGCUCACAGCCGACACAUACGAAGACCUCAAGGCCAAACUGCCCAACCUGAAAGAUGUGGAUGUCCGGUACACAGAGGCCUGGUGAUCGACCGCAUUCACACACCCACGUACAUAUCCACACACACACACACACACACACACACACAACCCCACACAUUUACCCAGGACCUCUGUCAUCAUCCUGGCAUGAGGAUGACCCCCUUCCCAUCAGCCUCGGAUGUCAUAACCACGAAGGAACUGUGGGCAUCAGAUUUUUUUUAGCUUUUACAGACCUCGUGGUUCACCCCCGUACAUCCGGCACUGACGUUUCCAAGGACCUUGUUGUUACCGACACGAUCAGAGGACACACAAGGACCCGCUAUGUAGUGACAUAAGGGACCCCCCACCCCAAACAAAACCCCUCUAAACACUUUCAUAUUCAGUCAGAAUCCCCUCGCGCGCCUUCGUGCGAUGAAGUCUGGAUUUAGCAGGUCACAUUCCAGUUCUUCUACUGAUCGGAUCCGCAAUGUAGCCCCCCCCUCCAGCCCCCCGACCCCCCUUUAAAAAGGACCCCAGCCCCAUUUCUCCCUCUUUCUCUUGGGUCCUCUUCAGCUUCAAGUUUUCAGGUUCAGAUUCCGGCCUUUUUCCAGUCUUUCAUUGGGAAAAAUGAGGUGCUACCUCUGGGAAAAACAACAAAAAAAAAAAGUUGCAAGACUGUGCCUAUUCCUCACGCGUUCACACACACAAAAAAAGAAAAAAAAAAAAGAAGUUUUUAUCAACUUGAAUGAACAUAUUUUUCCAGACAUCUGUGCUUUCAUAGAUUGUGUGUUUCUAUAUAAAACCUAUGUAUGGAUAUAAUCCCCAGUGACAUGUUUUUUGGGAGGUCUGCAGAAAGUGAAACAGCAAUGGAGACAUUUGUUCCUUUUUUAAAUUGUUUUCAGUGUAAAUACUGAUGUCCCAUCACUAUUUAAUAGGACAGUUGUGUAGCAGUAGCUGGGUGGUCUGGGACCGCCUCAUAUUUAUAAGUUGUAUCCUUAACUCUGUCUCCUGAAUUUAGUCCUGACAAAGAACACACGCCUUGUCGUCUUCUGUUUGUUGUUUUUUUGGAUUUUUUUUUUUUUUUGCAACAUAUAAGACAAGAAGCCAAGCGAGAGGGCGCCCGUCUCCGCCCCACGCCAUGAUGGUAACACACAGACUGGACCUGUAAACACCACCCAUCACCAGCUGAGAGUUUGUAUAUUUUCAUAUCCUCUGCUUUUUUUGGCUCUGUUGUACAGACAGUCGGUUGGAAAUUUAAAAAAAGAAAAACUAAUAAGGACACUUGCCAAACACCGGGUUUGUUGUUGUUUCUAAUCAAAGGGAGUCGGCCGUUGGCGGUAAAUCCCGCCGAAGUGUCACGUCGGGGUCUUGAGCUGGACUGCGGAUGCCUCUGGUUCCCUCCUUUUUUCUUUUUCUUUCAUAUUUCUCGUUUCUCCUUCCAUCACGUCGCCCAGUCUCCCUCUGUUUUUGGACUCUUCUGCUGUAUUUUCUCUGCCAUAACACACGGGUUCAGACGUUUGGGACAAAAUGACUGUACAUACUGUAUUCCUCAUAUCACAACGCAAUGAAAAGGGACAAAAAAAGAAUGAAAGGAAAACAAAUGGCAGCACAUACAUUGUCUACAUUCCCUUCAAAUGUUGCCAGUUUAUUGUGGCAACAUCUCAACUGCAACUGUUAGAUUACUGGGUUGAUUUGUCUUCGCCGCCCCUGAAAAAUCCACUUACACCCUUUUCUUCUUGGUUUUUCCUUCUCCCGGUCAGCGGAGCUCUGACUGCAUCCAUCCUUUUUUUUUUGUAUUUAUUUUUUUGUGGAGUGCUCCGGAUGUUUCGAGGCAGACGCCGCCGUCGCCGUGGCAGCACAAAGACAGGAAAUGCCGUCCGCUACUAUACAAGAUAUUUUCCUAUUUAUUGGGUGCCAUGACAGUUUUCUCUGUUGGGCCUGUGAGACUGGGUUUGGCCGCCUGUGGGUCUGGCUUUAGGACCGCUUCUCUCUUUCAUAUCCUGUAUGAUGUACAUACGAGUGUAUAUAGUCGCCUCCUCAUCCCCUUCCUCCUCCUCCUCUUCAUCUCUCAGCCUGGCUCUUAUCAGCGGGCUACUGUUGCCUUCAUCUUAACAACGUGUGUGUGGUUGUUGUUUAUUUUUCAUACAAAGUGCACUGUAAUCUAAAAAAAAAAAAAAAACAGAAAUUCAACGCAUUAUGUCUUUUAAGUUUU